AUUUUGAUGCUCCAUGACUCUCGUUACCAUGAGAACUUUUUUUUAAAAAGCAUAAUUGGCAGAAAGCAUUGAAUGAUUUGUUUUUAUGUCACCGUUUUAAAUUCCUAACAUAUGAGCUAAAGUUAUGUCAAAUCGCCGCAAAGUGUUGAAAGAUUGCCUUCAAUAUGGAUUUUACAAGCAAAAAAGGAUAAAAAAAGUGAAAACAUCUUCUAAAGUGAAAGCAACUACAAAAAAACAAACCGACAAAUUUUAUUCAGUUGAGGAGAUCCUUGGUCGACGAGUGUUUGAAGGAAAAGUGGAAUACCUGUUGAAGUGGCAAGGAUAUCCUGACAGUUACAAUUCUUGGGAAGACACAAGCAAUAUAACAAGUGAUCUGUUGUACGAAUUUGAAUUGUCAACAUCUCAAUUUGAAAAUAUGUCCAAAGAAGCUAAAAGUCCCAUUGUGCUCAAAGAUGUUCCUGUCAAAAUUUGGGACAUCAGAAAAGAUGCAUCAGACGAUCUAGAGUAUCUCGUACAGUGGAAGAAGGAAUCUGAAUUAGAAUGGGUCUCUGCUGUAAUCAUGAGAGAAGGUUAUCCUCAAUUGGUGAUUGAAUUUUAUGAAAGAAUUUCUUCCUUGGUUGAUUGAACACACUAACGGUUCAUUGUUUAUUCUCAUAUUCAUAUCCAAAUUUAUUGUAUUCUCAUUUUUAUAUUUUUUUCAAUUUAAUUCCAACGUGCAUUAUCACUUAAUUGUGUCAAAGAGUCUACCAAAUGUAUUAAUAUCAAGCAAUUAUAAUAAAAUAAGUUACCAAAAAAA